CUCCCACCGGCAUCAGCCUAUUUAUACUGUGAGAAACGUGCGCGGUGGAAACGGGACGCGGCUGGGAGAGAUCGAGGCACAGCGCGUGUCAGCUCUGGUCCAGGGUGCAGCCAUGCCUCUUCUUGAAGAGACCGCUCUGCCACAAGAUCACCCACACACUAUUCCUGUGGUCAUCAUAGGCAAUGGACCAUCAGGCAUUUGUUUGUCCUAUCUGUUGAGUGGAUACAAGCCCUAUCUCGACGCAGCAACUGUCCACCCAAACCCAAUACUAUACAGGAAACUGCAGCAGACCAAGCAUCUCCCCAUCACAGAACAGGACCUGGAAUAUCUGAGUGAAGGUCUUGAGGGGCGGUCAAGGAACCCUGUGGCUGUGCUGUUUGAUACACUCCUGCAUCCCAAUGCUGACUUUGGCUAUGAGUUUCCGUCUAUCCUUCAGUGGAGGAGGGACAAACAGCAGCACGUCCCACAUGUGGUGCUGGGGAGGGCGACACCUGGGGGUGUCUGGCAUGCGAUGCAAGGCUCCAUGCUGACUAUUAGUCUUGGCAUCUGGAUGGAGCUUCCUGGGGUUAACUACAGAGAUAUUAUCAAUGGGAAACGCAGGGAUGUAACCAGUGACAGAGCCACCCCAGAGGAGAUAUCAUCCUAUUACCGUAACUAUGUGAAGUUAAAGGGCCUCCAAAAGAAUUUUGUUGAUGACACCUAUGUAACCUCAGUGCAGAAACUCUGCAGGGAACAUGAGGGGGAUGGUCUGGAAAAUGAGCACGCUGAUCAAGGAGAUGGAGUAGUGGGUGAUAGUGGGAACAAAGCAUUUGAAGGAAAUGUAGGGGCUCUUUGGGAAAUAAGGGGAUACCAGCAACUGCAAAAUGACACCCAUAUUCCAUUCUCUCUGUUUGCUGAGAAUGUUGUUUUGGCUACUGGUGCAUCUGACUCACAAGUUCGAUUGGGUGUAGAGGGAGAGCAACUACCAUUCGUAUUCCAUAGUGUUUCAGACUUAGGAUUGGCUGUAAGCCAGAAGAAACAAGAACUGAACUGUGAUCCAGUUUUAAUUGUAGGUGCUGGUUUAAGUGCUGCAGAUGCAGUUCUAUGUGCUUACAACAGCAACAUUACUGUGCUGCAUGUCUUUCGGAAAACUCUAGAUGACCCUGACCUCAUCUUCAAACAGCUGCCCAAGACCCUUUACCCAGAAUACCACAAAGUCUACAACAUGAUGUCCUCGCAGACCUAUACAAAUGUGCCUCCUUCCGCUGUGUCUACUAGACUACAGGCAGCUAGUAUUGCUUCUUCAAUGUGUGCAAAGAUUUGUCCAAAACCCCAACUUGCCACAGGUACCUUGGAUGGUAAUGCCAGUGUCAGCCUGUUUCCUGACUACACCAGUUUCCCUGAGCACUGUGUAGUAUCCUUCCAGUCUGACAUGAAAUGCUUGUUGCAGGGCAACAACUCCCUCAAGGCAUUUAAGAUCUCCAUGGCUCUGGUUCUCAUUGGCACCAACCCUGACUUGUUUUUUCUAAAGGGCCAUGGCCAAUACCUGGGCCUGGAUCCAGCAAAGCCCAUCUCCUGCAAGCAGAACCCCAUUGACAUCGACCCAUACACUUUUGAGUGUACUAGGGAACCAGGUCUGUUUGCUAUGGGCCCACUGGUGGGAGACAACUUUGUUCGCUUUUUGAAGGGCGGAGCUCUCGGCAUUGCCUCCUGCUUGUUGAAGAGACUGGAAAAGAAACGGAAGCUCAUCAGCAACGGAGGGAAUAGCUUCAUUUGAAAAGCUGGAAAAUGAAAUGGUACACAUUGGCAGUAA